AUGGACGCGGUGACUGUGUACCACGGCAAAAUCAGCCGGGAGACGGGGGAGAAACUCCUGCUCGCCACCGGGCUGGAUGGCAGCUAUUUGCUGAGGGACAGCGAGAGCGUCCCGGGCGUGUACUGUCUGUGUGUGCUGUAUCAAGGUUACAUUUAUACAUACCGAGUGUCCCAGACAGAAACAGGUUCUUGGAGUGCUGAGACAGCACCUGGGGUACAUAAAAGAUUUUUCCGGAAAAUAAAAAAUCUCAUUUCAGCAUUUCAGAAGCCAGAUCAAGGUAUUGUAAUACCUUUGCAGUAUCCAGUUGAGAAGAAGUCCUCAGCUAGAAGUACACAAGGUGCUACAGGAAGAAGAGAAGAUCCUGAUGUCUUCCUGAAAACACCAUGA